ACUCACGCUCACAAACGAGUUGGUGCGGCCUUCCAUACCCCCAGUGAUCUUAGUGAUCGGAAAGCCCAUAAUCCGCUUUUAAAUCAUUCACCUUCCCCCCCUCCCCCCAAAAAUCCCAAAACCCCAAAAAACCCCCCAAACAUAAUCCCUCCAAAUUUACUUUUACUUCCCUCUCAUACUUCUCAGGCUUGGAUUAUCAGCAACGCCAGCCUACAAUCCAAAAACAACACACAACAUACAACAUACAACCUUUCAAUCAACCAAUACAUACAUACAUCCCUAUCUACCUACCUACCUACUUCUCACCACAUACAUAGGUAUUAAUCAGAAAAAUAUUAAAAAUGCCUCGUCCAAAGAAGACGGAAGAAAAACCAAAGGAAGUUCCAGCUGGUGAUGGAGCAACUUUACAAAUCGAUGUUGCAAGCUUUGUGAGAACUAGAGAUACUUUUAUCGGUGGUCUCGCGACUUUACAAGAAGCCAUCUCGAGUGUUUCCUCCGCCUACAUCAAACAUACCAAUGCUGUCCUCGGCGAACAUGGCACCGGCUAUACCAUCGACACAGCUCUGUCCAAGCUCGGCGAUAAUCCUCUCCUCGAAACUUUGGGUGCCCUUCAACGCGCUGCAAGUCCCAUCAUAGCUAAAGCUGUGGAGACUGCUCCAGAGAAGAAGGAGAGAAAAAAGAGACAACAUGAUCCAAAUGCGCCAAAGCGUCCUCUGACUCCAUUCUUCCUCUAUAUGCAAACCGCUCGUCCUAUCAUCGCAAAAGACCUUGGUGAUGUUCCCAAGGGAGAGGUUUCAAGUGAAGGUACCAAGAGAUGGACCGACAUGGCGCCUAAGGAUAAAGCUCUCUGGCAAGAUGCCUACAAGGAUAACCUCCGUCUCUACAAUGCGCGCAUGCACGCCUAUCGCAGAGGUAACCUUACAGCUAAGGAAAUGGGUGAUGAUGCUGCCGCCGCGUAUGCUGAUGAGAACAACAUUGGAGCAGAUGCUUCUGCCGAUGCUCAACUCGUAGGAGAAGCCACCGCCGGAGUGACAGCGACAGUUGAGGAAGAAGAAGAUGCCGAAGGUGAACCUGAAGCCGAAGCCGAAGUUGAGAAAUCACCAACUCCAGCUCCAAAGACGCCAAAAGCCAAGGGACGUAAAUCAAAAGGCAAAGCCGAUGUCGCUGAAGAAAUCCCCGCUCCAUCAUCUGCUUCUAUCGUCCCCCCUCAAAAAGAGGCAAGUCCAGCUAGAAAGCGUAAGCGCUCUGGCAAGAAGGCUGAUGAGCCAGUUGUUGCUACUACUGAGCAAGAAGAAGCACCAGCAACAGUUGAAACACCCAAAUCAGCACCAAAGUCUAGAAAGAAGAAGGCUAAGACUGAUGCAUAGAUUAAGAAGAUGGAAUAAAGAUAAUCAAUCAUCAAAACAAAUAUUAAGAUCUUUUUCUUUUCAUAGUAAAAGAUUCUAGCUACUCAGGCAUGGCGUUGACGUUUGAUUUCUUUCUUUGCAAUUGUGUUUAGGGCGGUCUUUUUUAACACAACAUGCAAUUAUCGCUUUGGUUUUCUCUCGCUUUUUCUUUUCCUGUUCCUUUCCUUUUCAUACACUUUUUGUCGUAGUCGAAUGGUUGAUGGAUAUGGAUAUGGAUAUGGAUGCUUUGCGUGAAUUCUGUUUACUUUUGAUUUGAUCAAUGGACAUGGAUGGAUGGACCUAUGAGGUUAUCAUACUUUAGCUGGUACAAGGUACAAAAUGGGUGGAUUGGUUGAUUGAUUGAUUGAUUGGUUGCAAGGUACAACUUCACUUUUUGCUUGCUGUGAGUGAGUGAGUGAGUGAGUGAGUUGUGAGCUUUUGUGCGAAUGGAGAGAAGAUGGGAUGGUAGAGCAGGGGAGGGAGGGAGGAGAGUAGAUGAGAGGACAAGGGAUGGGGGAUAAGUUUUGCAUUGGGUAGUUAGGUAGUUAGGUAGUUAGGUAGCUAGGUAGCUAGGUAGCUUUUGAUCUAUCUGUCUAUCUAUCCAUGUAUGUUGCUAGUGGAGUGGGGUAGAGUGGCAUGGGAUGGGAUGGGAUGGGAUGGGA